AUGGAUCCAUUUGUAACAUUUCGGUAUGGAAACUGCAUCACAUUCAACAAACACUCAAAUUUACAUACUUCGAAAAUCGGCGUUGGAAGUGGUUUAAUUCUCAAAUUAGAACUUGAGUGCUUUUGUUAUUUACCUACUACAGAUACAUAUGGAGCAAGGAUUUUAAUUCAUGAUCCAAACGAAAAGCCAAAUCCAGAAGAAGAAGGUUUUAAUAUCAGUCCAGGAUAUGAAAUAUUAAUAUCCAUGAAAAAAAUCAUUACUCAAAGAUUGCCUGCACCAUACAAAGAUAAAUGUAUGGACUAUAAAAAAAGAACAAAUGGAUCUCCAGUGAGCAAAAAUGAUUGUGUUCGAAGAUGUAUUCAAGAAAAGAAUUUUGCAGAAUGCGGGUGCAUCGACCAAACUUUGGGAGUAAUGAUUCACUUGAAAUCUUGCGAUGCCACAAACGAGACACAAUCAUGUUGCUUGCACGAUGUUCUUACAGAUAUGGGUAGCCAUGGCCCACCCUGUAAUUGUCCCUUACCUUGCAGUACGUUUAAUUAUAAAUCAGUGUUAUCAAGAUCAACUUUACCGAAAGGAAAUUCACUCAUAGAAAUGACUUUAUCCAAUGUUUAUGAUAACAAAUGCAUGUUAAAGCAAGAAAAAGUUAGAGUAAAUGUAUAUUAUUCCAGCAUGGAAGAACACAUUUAUAAACAACAUCCUAAGUGGUUAAUAUCAGAGUUCCUCGGAUUUUUAGGGAACGAGUUUGGAAUUUGGCUGGGAUUGUCUUUAAUGGUGGUAUUUGAGGUUAUUGAAAAAUUGAGACAGUUUGCAGCUUAUAUCUUUAUCACUUUGCUAAAAGGCAAGAUGAAGUGUUUUUAUUCGCAACGUUAA